AUGGCAGCUUCUAUAACUGGUAAAUUUUCUAUGUCUACGAGAUCACUGGGCGUUGGUCAUCAAUCAGCGGCAGGUCCAAAAUGGCUUAAAAACAAGAUAACUCCCUUUGUCAAAAAGCUCUCACGAGGAGCCUGUAUACACCCGAUUCAUACAGUGGUGAUAGUUGCGCUUUUAGCGAGUACCACAUACAUCAGUCUCCUAGAAAGUAGUCUAUUUAACCGCGUCACAAUAACUGGUCAUGCCGAGACUGACUGGAGAUCACUUCGGCAAGGAGGUAGACAGUUGCAGGUUGGAUCAGAGACUAAUUGGGAAUGGUCCGUAUCGGAUUCCAUCAAAUCUAUUUCACCAGAACAAGACCACCUGGCCCUUAUAACCCUUGUAUUUUCAGACUCUUCAACAACAAGCUCUCCCGGAGAACCUAUAUCAGAUACUGUCCUUCCACAAAAUCUCUCUUACAAGUUGCUUCCUGUUACACCAAAUUCAUUGUUGAUGUCUCAAGACUCAACCCUUUUGUUUACAUUGCCAGAGGCUCAGUUAAAAGAAUUUUUAAUAACCGCCCGUGAGCUACCCAUCGGUCAGUCUUCUCUUAGUGAGAAAAAACUUGACAGCCGACAAGAAUUCGAGUUCGCCCGUGAAAAGAAAAAAUGGAUCAUCAGAGCGGCAAGAGUCUCCCAGUCAAGCACUACUUUAAAAAACUGGGUUAAGACUAGCUGGGUCAUGUUCCUAGAUCUUCUCAAAAAUGCUGAAGCCUUGGAUAUAGUCAUAGUGGUAUUAGGCUAUAUAUCUAUGCAUCUAACAUUUGUUUCAUUGUUUGUAUCAAUGAGAAGAAUGGGCUCAAACUUUUGGCUAUUCUGCACGACAGUCUUAUCUUCAACAUUUGCCUUUCUCUUCGGCCUAAUCGUGACAACAAAAAUGGGGGUACCUAUAAAUAUGAUACUUUUAUCUGAGGGCCUCCCAUUCUUAGUCGUUACUGUUGGUUUCGAGAAAUCGAUUGUAUUGACAAAUUCUGUUCUGUCCGCAGCCCUAAGACUAAGGAAGCCUGACCCAUCGCACUCGUUCAAGAAAGCUAGGAGCGGCGCAAAAACUGGGGUAUCAUCGACCUCAAUACAACGUGCUGUUCAAAUAGCUAUCGAAGAAAAGGGAUAUCAAUUGAUAAGAGACUACGUCAUUGAGAUUUGUAUAUUAACUGCUGGAGCCAUGUCUGGAGUCCAGGGCGGCCUUCAGCAAUUUUGUUUCCUAGCCGCCUGGAUCUUAUUUUUUGACUGUCUCUUGCUUUUUACUUUUUACACUGCUGUACUAAGUAUUAAACUCGAGAUUAAUCAUAUCAAAAGGCACGUAGCCCUACGUCAAGCCCUGGAAGACGAUGGCGUUAGCCAUAGAGUUGCUGAGAACGUCGCACAGAGUUAUGAAUGGCCGAGGCCAGAUAAAGCCGGCGUCAAUGAGACUAAUAUUUUUGGACGUAAGCUACAGGAUAGUAGCGUGCCAAAGUUUAAGGUCCUUAUGGUGACAGGUUUUAUAAUAAUUAACGUACUUAACAUCUGCACAAUCCCCUUUCGAGGCAGUAUCAGCCAUGCCCACUCGUCAGGCUUAGUGGGGCACGCUAACCAGGGAUCAUCCAUUGGAGAUAUCUCAACACCAAUCGAUCCUUUAAAGACCGCCUCGACUGCGCUAGACCUUAUUCUAGAAGCUGCACUAUCUAAUAAGCGUUCAACUGCAAUUGAGAUUUUACCUCCUAUUUACUAUGAGCUUGAAUAUCCCUCUAUUCACUCAGGAGAAUCAUCAGGUGGUAAAAGACACGAAAGAGAAACAGAUAGAAGAAACGACAGCGAAAAUGAGUAUAGCAUGAGCGGUCUUGUAGUUUAUAGUCUUUUUAAAAGUUUGGAAGACCCAAUUCUGUCCAAAUGGAUUAUAGUUGCUCUCGCAAUGAGUGUCCUACUCAAUGGAUAUCUAUUUAACGCUGCAAGGUGGAGUAUUCCACACCCUUUUCAAAGCCACCCUCACAAACCCGUUGAUCCCGUGGAACUUCGACAUGCGGAGCACUUUAAUAAUAGUCAAAAUACACCUUCACACAGCUCACCAAUCACGAAGAUUGACUCAGACGACAGUGCACCGUCGACACCCUCCGAAACUGAUGAGGAUUCCAGAAGUCUUCGAGCAGAAAUACUUGAAUCUGAAGUAAUAAUGCGUUCUCAAGAUGAAAUGGAUCAGAUGCUUAAAGAAAAGCAAGCAACAGAAUUGACUGAUGCUGAAAUUAUCAAACUAUCUUUACAGGGAAAGAUUCCUGGAUACGCCCUAGAGAAGAUAUUGAGAAACACCACCAGAGCCGUCAAGAUCCGAAGGGCGAUAAUCUCACGGACUGCUGCUACCUCUGAAACUACAACAUUACUGGAGCAUUCCAAACUGCCAUACAAAAAUUACGACUGGGAUCGUGUUUUAGGCGCCUGCUGUGAAAAUGUAAUAGGUUAUGUCCCUCUCCCCCUUGGUGUCGCUGGGCCUUUGGUGAUUGAUGGCCAAAGCUACUUCUUACCGAUGGCAACAACUGAGGGCGUUCUAGUUGCAAGUACUAGUCGUGGCGCUAAAGCUAUCAACGCUGGUGGUGGCGCGAUUACUGUUCUUACUGGUGACGGUAUGACACGAGGUCCAUGCGUCUCCUUUGAAACACUCGAACGAGCAGGCGCUGCAAAAGUCUGGCUAGACUCAGAAAUUGGACAAAAGACAAUGACUAAAGCUUUCAAUUCAACCAGCAGAUUUGCGCGGCUGCAGUCGAUCAAAACGGCUCUUGCUGGGACAUAUCUUUAUCCUCGCUUCAAGACAACUACGGGGGACGCCAUGGGAAUGAAUAUGAUUUCUAAGGGCGUUGAACACGCUCUCAAUAUUAUGGCAACAGAAGCAGGUUUUGACGACAUGAGUAUUAUAUCGGUCUCAGGUAACUUUUGCACAGACAAGAAGCCCGCUGCUAUCAACUGGAUUGACGGUCGAGGAAAAAGCGUAGUUGCGGAGGCUAUUAUCCCUGCAGAAACUGUACGAAAUACUCUAAAAACAACCGUUGAAGCCAUGGUAGAGCUUAACGUGGCUAAGAAUCUUGUUGGCAGUGCGAUGGCUGGAAGUAUUGGUGGUUUUAAUGCUCACGCAGCUAAUAUUGUUACUGCGAUCUUUCUAGCUACUGGCCAGGAUCCUGCACAAAAUGUUGAAAGCAGUAAUUGUAUUACAAUGAUGAAGAACCUCCGAGGUAAUCUUCAAAUUAGUGUAUCUAUGCCCUCUAUUGAAGUUGGCACUCUAGGCGGGGGAACAAUUCUCGAACCUCAGGGCGCUAUGUUGGAUCUUCUCGGAGUCCGAGGCUCUCACCCCAAUAAUCCAGGAGAAAAUGCUCGUCGUCUAGCCCGCAUAAUUGCUGCCGCUGUGCUUGCUGGAGAGCUCUCCUUAUGUAGUGCUCUGGCGGCCGGACAUCUUGUCCGCAGUCAUAUGACACACAACCGAAGUGCACCCGUGACUCGAAGUAAUACCCCUGCCCCAUCAACAACAGUAUCAGCAUUAGGAAUGAUGGCCGUAAAGAGAUCUACAGAGAUGAUCAUGAUAAUGGCCUUAUCGGAUUUACUUAGCGAAGAUACCAAAGGGCCUCAAAGGUUGCUCAGAGGAGACAAACUUUCAGCGGCGGAUCUAUUCUUUCACUUCCUGUCUCUGGAACUAAACUGA